GCUUAUAUAUGUCAGAUUUGUGUGUGCUGUUCUGAUCUGUCUGUCCACUUUGCUUUGCUAAAGCCAACCCGGGCCAUCUUUAAAAGAUCCCCAAACGCUGCCCUAUUUCUUCUCAUCAAUGGAGGGGCCAAAACGUUAGAGUAACAAAAGCUAGUGUGGAAAACCCAAUACUCUAACUAAUUGUUGCUUUAUUCAUAGUAUAUAGACACUUCUUCUUCUACCAUUAAACUCGUACCAUAUUUCCAAAACCAGCUUGCCUGGCCUAGCCAUGCCUGCCCUUCACUCCGUCGCCCCAAAGCCAGAGGGUUCCAGUCCUGAAAGUAUGGCCGCCGCCGCCGCCACCCCCACCGUAGCUCAGCCCUGCCUCCACACCAAUACACAGUCAUUCCUGCAAAGAAGUCUCUAUCCCAUAGUCCUGAAGUUUGAAGAUGUUGUGUACAAAAUAGAAGGGAAAGGGAAGAGUUCAUCAAGCAGCAGUAAAGGGAAGACAAUUCUUAAUGGAUUGACAGGUAUGGUGAGUCCAGGGGAGAUAUUAGCUAUGCUAGGUCCAUCCGGUAGUGGGAAAACCACGCUGCUAACCGCUAUCGGCGGUCGGCUUCACGGGAAGCUCUCGGGGAAGAUCACUUAUAACGGGCAGCCUUACUCCGGGUCCAUCAAACGGCAGACGGGGUUCGUGGCGCAGGACGAUGUCCUGCACCCGCAUCUCACCGUACAAGAAACUCUCAUGUUUACUGCACUGCUGAGGCUCCCUCAGAGCCUGAGCAGGGAGGAGGUCUCGGAUCACGUGGAGAGCGUGAUCACGGAGCUCGGGCUGAGUAAGUGCAGGUGCAGCAUGAUUGGUGGGGCUUUGUUUAGGGGGAUAUCAGGAGGGGAGAAGAAAAGGGUCAGCAUUGGUCAAGAGAUGCUGAUCAACCCCAGCUUGCUGCUGCUGGAUGAGCCUACUUCUGGGCUGGACUCAACCACUGCUAUGAAGAUCUUAACCACCGUCAAGCAGCUCGCCACGGGUGGCCGAACGGUGGUUACCACCAUCCACCAGCCGUCUAGCCGCCUCUAUCAUAUGUUUGAUAAGGUUAUAUUGCUAUCUGAAGGUUGCCCCAUUUACUAUGGUUCUGCCCCUAAUGCCUUGCAAUACUUCUCUUCCAUUGGGUUUUCUACUCCUCUCACAGUCAAUCCUGCUGAUCUCAUGCUUGAUCUUGCUAAUGGUAUUAGGCCAGAUUCCAACAGUGCUAUGGAGCAAGGGAACAGUACAGAACAGGAGAGGAGAGGUGUUAGGGAAACUCUCUUAUCUGCUUAUGAAAAGAACAUUUCAACAACAUUAAAAACUGAGCUGUGCAGUUUGGAUAAUGGUCAAAACUACAGUUACACCACUGAUGCUUCCAGAAAAAGUAAGGGGAAAGGAGAUCAGUGGUGCACAAGCUGGUGGCAUCAAUUCAAGAUACUUCUGUUGAGAGGACUGAGGGAAAGGAGAUAUGAUGCCUUCAACAAGCUUCGAAUCUUCCAAGUCAUAAGUGUUGCAUUUCUUGCAGGGCUUUUGUGGUGGCACACUCCACCUUCCCACGUUGCAGACCGAGUUGGGAUGUUAUCAUUCUUUGCAGUAUUUUGGGGUUUCUACCCACUCUACAAUGCAGUUUUCACAUUUCCUCAAGAAAGAAGAAUGCUAAUUAAAGAAAGAUCAUCAGGAAUGUACAAGCUCUCAUCCUACUUUCUAGCCAAAACAAUGGGAGAUCUGCCACUGGAACUAGCAUUACCAACAGCAUUCACUUUCAUCCUUUACUGGAUGGGUGGCCUCAAAGCUGACCCUCUCACCUUCACCCUAUCUCUACUAAUAGUCUUAUUGAGUGUCCUUGUUGCCCAAAGUCUAGGACUGGCUUUCGGCGCAAUCCUCAUGGAUGUCAAACAAGCCACCACUUUAGCAUCUGUGACAAGUCUGGUCUUCUUAAUUGCGGGUGGAUACUAUAUUCAGCACAUCCCGCCUUUUAUUGUUUGGUUGAAAUACUUGAGCUACAGCUAUUAUUGCUUCAAGCUUCUUCUUGGUGUUCAGUACAAUGACAGUGAUCGUUAUGAGUGCUCAAGAGGAGUUUAUUGCAGCGUUGGCGACUUUCCAGCCGUUAGAUCAAUCGGUUUCGACCAUCUAUGGUUUGAUGUGUCCAUCAUGGCAUUCAUGUUAGUGGGCUAUCGGUUUCUUGCUUAUUUAGCCCUCCACCGCGUCCGAUGAAGAAAUCAAUCACACAUAUAUUUGCAGAGGCGGGAAGUGGACCGUGGUGCACUGGUUAGAGCUAGAAGAGUUAUAUAUAUCCCUUUAAUUGAGUGAGGAAUAAUGUAAGCUUUGGUUAGUAUGCCAUUGCCAGAUUUUGAUCAUAUUCCCCCGACAUCAUUUUUAGAUGCACUAUCACUUGGGAAUGUGUUUUUUACAUAAGACUACAAGAGUACUAUAAACUGACCCAAAAAUAUAUGUCGCAUUGAACAGUUUUUGUAUGAACAGAAAAAAGAUGCAUAAUGUUGUAAUGGAGUAAAGAUGGAAUCCAUUAACCUUGACUCCUUGAGCCAUCAAGUCCAAAUCUUUUGAAUGACAAUAUAUGUGGAGAGCACUUUCGGAAGGACUGCAGUAGUUUAGUGUUUUC